AUGCUGAGUCAUCCUCAGAANAANCAGAUGGUGGCAGAACAGGAAGCCAUCAGAGAAGANUUACAGAAAGAUCCACUUGUAGUCAUGGUGCUGAAAGCUAUACAUCCCUUUGAGUGUGAGACCCAGGAAGGAAGACAAGAGAUAUUUCAUGCAACAGUGGCCACAGACACAGAUUUUUUCUUUGUAAAAGUUUUAAAUGCACAGUUUAAAGAUAAAUUUAUUCCAAAGANAACAAUUAAAAUAUCAAACUACCUUUGGCACAGUAACUUCAUGGAGGUCACCAGUUCCUCAGUUGUGGUNGAUGUUGAAUCUAACUACGAAGUCCCACAUAACAUUAUUAAGAGAGCAGGAGAAACUCCCAAGAUUAGUAAACUGAAGACUCAGCCAUGUGGAACAAUUGUGAAUGGACUGUUUAAAGUCCAGAAGGGAAAGAGAAGCAACGCUUUUACUCUUCUUCGUGGCAAAGAAACCUGUUAUGGUUUCUAUAUGCACAGCCCAAGGUGUGGUACUAUUAGAAGGUGUAGCCUUCUUGAAUUAGGUGGGAGAAAACUUGCCUUGUACCACAUGGGUCGAGAUGAGAGUUCUUCAGGAGUCCAAGUAGAGAAAAAUCAGAGUAAAGCUGAAUGCAUUGUGGGUGUCUUAGGCAAUGCCACCAGAACUGAGAAGGGCAUAUAUAACCUCCUCCAUGAAGAUGAGUUCUAUUGGCUGAAAAACAGUGCUCAAGGUAAGGAUUACAGAGACUGGAUGAAAGAAACUGAAAAGUCUGAGGGAGACAGGUGUGGCCUGGCCCUACAGAUAGCUCAGUGA